GGCAAGUUUAAAGUUUUCGAGAUAGGAUCUGUAAAAAUCACGUCUGCAUAUGAGGAAACUCUUAAAGGUGAACGACACUUUGGUUUGGAAGAAGGAAAGACGUUCUACCCGACACACGAAGAAUUUCAGAAUCCGUUUGAAUAUUUUGAAAAAAUACGGCCGGAUGCGGAGGCAUGGGGAAUUAUAAAGGUUGUUCCGCCUAAAGAGUGGAAACCUAAUUUCACAUUGGAUACUGAGGCAUUUCGCUUCAAGACUCGUGUUCAGAGGGUAAAUACUAUGCAAGGUGAAACCCGACUUCGUCUUAAUUACUUUGAACAACUCCAGAAAUUCCAUGCGAUGUUCGGGAAAUCCUUGUCUAAACUACCACAUCUAGAUAGAGCACCAAUUGAUUUAUAUCUGCUUGCUAAAUCCGUUAGAAAUCGAUCGGGACCUCAAAAAGUCUCACAGCUUAAACAGUGGGCUCAAGUUGCUCGAGACAUAAAACCCAGCGGCUAUUCCAAGAGAUGCACAUCGGCUUCAAAAACGCUAAAGGAUUGCUUUUAUGAUUAUAUACAUCCAUUUGAAUAUUAUACGCAAAAUGCAAAAAAUUCAAGCAAAACCAACGGAUCCAAUACAGAUGAUAUGGACAUAGAUGAUAACCAAGGCACCAACUCCCCCGUCAAUCAAAAUAUAUGUGGUGAAUGUGGACAGGAAAUUUAUCGCGAACAAUUGGCAUAUUUUUGCCAGGGGGAUUGUGAAAAACCAUUCCACAAAACAUGCUUACAUCUUCUUAACGAGAUUACCCGUAGUGGCAACUUUUAUUGUCCUGAUUGUAUCGUUUCUAUUGGGAAUGACUUCGGUUUUGGCGAAGGAUCAGAGUAUUCACUUGCCGAGUUUCAGAAAAAAGCGGAUAAUUUUAAAGCGAACUACCUACAAAAGCAUCCACCAGAAGGAGAAACAAGCAUUGAAGAUCAUAUCGAAGCAGAGUUCUGGAGGCUUGCUCAAUCAAUAGAGGAAAAUGUGGAUGUUGAAUAUGGUGCAGAUAUAAAUGCGAUGGAUUACGGAAGCGCUUUUCCUGAUCCUGAGUUGCAUCCAUUAGACCUAUAUUCAAAACAUCCAUGGAAUCUAAGAAAUUUGCCACGACACCACGGUUCUCUCCUUCAUCUCAUUCAACCCGAGAUUCCUGGCAUGAUGGUGCCAUGGCUUUAUGUAGGAAUGGCGUUUUCAGCUUUUUGCUGGCAUGUUGAAGACCAUUACACAUACUCGAUCAACUACAUGCAUUUUGGUGAGACUAAGACUUGGUAUGGUAUUCCGUCCUCUAGCGCUGAGCGAUUUGAAGAGGUUGCACAAACAUUAGUACCAGAAUUUUUCGAAAAACAGCCUGACCUCUUAAAUCAACUCACUACCAUACUAAGUCCUAGUAAACUUGUGAAAGCGGGAGUAAAAGUUGUUGCUAUUGAUCAGCGACCCAAUCAGUUUAUUGUGACAUACCCGCGCGCCUAUCAUGCUGGAUUUAAUCAUGGAUUUAACAUGAACGAGGCAGUUAAUUUUGCCUUGCCUGAUUGGGUUCCUUAUGGACAAGAUUCUAUUAAUUAUUAUAAAACGAUUGCUCGUCCUCCAGUUUUUUCGCAUGAGAGACUUUUGCUUGAACAUGCGUUGAGAAAUUACAAUAAUCCGAGGAUUGUUCUUUGGCUCAAAGAACCUGUCGAAGAAAUAUGCAACCGCGAGAUACAAAUGCGACACAAAAUACGGAAAGAGUUGAAAUUAAAAGAGCCCGUUUAUGAAAUUUUUGAUAGGGAUGAUCCGCAUAUUACAUGUGUCGCGUGCAAACAAUAUUGCGCCUUAUCUCAGGUGGCUUCUUAUUGUAAGCCGGCAGUUGUAUGUCUGGAACACGCGAAAGAGCAUUAUCAGGAGGUUUGUAGUUGCGGAAAAGGAUGUCAAUAUCUCCGUAUAAGAUAUCUGGAUGAACAUCUUAGCAGCCUUGUGGUCGCCUUAAAUCAAACUCAAAACAACACGAGAGAAUGGAUGGAAAAUUAUUGUACAUAUUUCAAAGAGACUGAAAAUCCUAAACUUGCCGAUUUACAGAAGUUAUGGCGACAAGCAAAGUCUCUGCAAAUGCCGAUCAAUUUGGAUUACCUUGGAAACUUUAUCGACAAGUCAAUUGAUUGGACAGAACGCACUCAAAUGUUUAGCCAAAUUAUUAACGAACAUUUAGUGCCAUACUCGCAAAAACCACCUGAAUUUAAAAUUGCGGAGUUCUUACGCCGUAAUGAGAUAAUUAGUAACGAUGUUGCUGAUACCAAAAUGGUUAAUCUCGAUGAAGAAAAAGCUACUGGCAAAAAUAAUAACGAAGACACUGAAGGGGACGAAGAAUACAUUUAUGACGGAGAAGAUCAAGGUGAUGAAGGAAAACGAUACUGCUUUUGCAGAAACAUGGAUGGCGAAAGUUUCAUGAUCUUGUGUGAACGUUGUGGAACCUGGUAUCAUGGAGAAUGCGUAAAUGCAAAGCCUGGAACAGUAUCAACAAAAAAGAAGGACAAGUGGUAUUGCGAUAUGUGUCAGCCAUGGGAAGAAAGAAAUAUAAUUGAAGAAGUACUAAAACAAGCGGAACUCGGAGAAACUAUGAACCUCACCCCACCAUUCUCUCGGGAAUUCGCGAGGAUCAUGGCAAAGAUCAAAAACUGGCUGGCGAUUCGGGUUGCCGCCUUGUCGGGCGAAUCAAUAUUUGACGACAAGGCAACAAAAAGAAAAUUAUACGGAAUGGGAUUGAUGUGGGCAAUCCCAAAGAAAACUGCCGAAAAAACGCCAUCAAAGACAAACCCCUUGAAGAGGAAGAGGGGCGUGUGGAGAGAGUAA